AUGGGCCUUGUCUGCCCAGAGCUGAUUGCCUUUGCUGCGUUUCAGCAACACACACAGGCAAAGAAGCUCACCAAAGCCAUGGACCCACAGGAAGAGACCCAUGGCUAUUCCUCACGGUGGAAGGCUAGAAGCCAGAGAUUUUGUAGACGCAUUACAUAUUGCUUCAGGCGUCGCAAGAACACAAUGGACCUGGAGACUUCCCUCGCACCCAAAUGGACCAUAAUGCACAGCUUUCUGGCUGUCAUGGGCGGCUUCGUUAUCGAAUUGAAAAAUCAACCCGGAAGCGAUGACAAGGCGGAAAGCCAAUCCUUCCUCCCUUGGAAGUCGAAUGGGGCAUGCCGCACACGGCUUACGUUGGUUCCGGAAGCCCUGGCCCUCUUCAAGGAGAAAAACCUAGACUCCCUGAUUCCCAAGCAAUCACUCGUGCACAUACAGGACAAGAGCAAAGGAAACACCCUAGCCAAGGCACUGGUUUGCUUGCAAGCAUCAUGGUUCUGUGCCCAAUGCUUCACUCGGUUCGCCCAGGGUCUAGCAAUAAGUUUAUUAGAACUCAACACCUUUGGCCAUGCAGUAUGCACCUUGAUAAUCUACAGCUUGUGGUGGAGUAAGCCUUUGAGCAUUGACGAGCCGGAGAAAAUCCCAUUCGACCCCGAAGGUAUAACUGUGGAGGCAAAGCUUCUUGCAAGUAUGUGCACCAAGAGUAAGCUGGACUACAAAGUGUCGGAAUCAGCACACCUCCACAAGGAUGUGCAAAGUUUCGUGUUUCCUGUCGAACCAAAAGAAACAGAAAAGCUUGAGCAUAGAAUUAGCAUCAACCGAAAGGGGCCAGUCAAGAGAAAGUUCGGUAUGUUUGGUGCUCGGCGGACGGCUUUCGAAGAUCUCGUUUACACGCCUUUGGACUACCAUUUCUCGGACAGGCAUAAGACUUCUCGAGAGCCUCUUUUCCUGAAGGUGGACAAAUCCGAAGAUCUUUUGCACCGUGUUCAGAUGACACCUGCGGGGACCAAGGAGAAAGUUGCUUCCGAUAUGAAGCAGGGUAACGACUGGGAUAGUAUCGAGUUACGUGGCGCUGGAUUCUUUGACAGGCCUAUAGACGAUUCAGUCCCAGAGAGACGGUUGGAGGAGAUCAGUCGGUUGGUUCCUUAUGUGCGAGUCCUCCAUUCUGACGUCCGGCGGUGGCAACUCUCCCUUCUCUAUGAUGACUUCGACACUGUCCCUUCCAACCUUUUGAAGGAUCGCAUUGGAAACUUUCCUCGGUUUGGAGAACCCGGCACACGCUUCGGGUUUUGCUUGGGAUUCAGCAUCUUUGGAUUUAUUUACGGUGGCCUCCAUUGCGUUGCCUGGAAUGCACCUUUCUUUACCGAACUUGAGAAAAUCCUGUGGAGAGUAUCGAGCCUAACCAUAACAGCCACCAUCAUUCCGGUCUUCCUCGUCGCUUCAUGGAGCUUGUUUCCGCCGUUCUGGCAAGAUCCGUUUGGGAGGAUCACCGAGAUACACACCGUCCUCCAAAACAUCCAAGCGAACGUCAAGCCCGAGGACUGGAUCUCCCUACUGAUAUCAUGGGUCAUGUGGAUUAUCCCCAUACGCAAAAUUGUUCGACUGUUGCCACAGCCUUGGGAAGGCUUUGACCAAGAUAUGAUCAAGGGAUUGGCACAUGUCGCAUACAUUCUGCUUCUCAUCCUCUUCUUUGUUUACAAGGUUAUCUUUGACACCAGUGUCAUGUUGCUUCUUGUCAUUUACACCUUGGCACGGCUUUACUUGGUGGUGGUUUGCUUUAUCAACCUUGCUCAUCUUCCGGACACUGCAUAUCUGGUACCUAACUGGUCUCGGUAUGUACCACAUAUCGGCUAA